AUGAGUAUGGAUGUUGAGACAACUGUAGACUUUCUGAGAGAGGUAUGGCGCGAUGACUGGACUUCGAACCAGGAUCCAUAUGUGCCACCAGUGUUGUGGAACGAAGAGCAGUACAAAGAUGGCAGAAAAUAUCGUAUAGGUUACUAUAUUGACGACGGAUGGUUUACUCCCAUCCCUGCUAUACAGGUAAAUGACCUCGUAGCGAGCGGUACUGGAAGCGAAAAGCCAUCUCGAGGCGGCUGGACAUACAUUAGUACCGUUUCAUCCACCAUCUAUCCCUCGUAUUAUGCGCCAUUUCGUCCGAGCGGUGUGUGUCGACGGAGGGCAAUACUUGACGAAAAAGCUGCUCAAUGUGAGACAUUCAUUGAUCCAACGCUGUACGGUCAAGUCGUGCUGUUUAUGAUUCCCCUUCGGCUACAACGUAUACUCGCCUAUCCUGUAAAAUACAUUUUCCCACGUCUGGCCAAUAUGAUGCACUCGAUGGCGCUGAAUACUGGUGGUAAGUGGAGCCGCUCUCGUAUCCAGGUGGAUAGUUUGGCCACUUCGCACUUACACGGUCUCGAGAUCGACUCCCCUCCCCUCCCCCACUUUUUCUAA